UCACUAAACCCAAACAAGUCCACACACAAAACUAUCACUAUAUUCUAAUCUAUGUCAAUGAUGUGGAUCGUCUUCUCGGCUCUCCUGUUCUUCACCAUCAUCACACGCUUCUCCGUGAUUCAAACAGCCUCUACUUCACCAGCUCUCCAUCCAGAUGAAUUGAAUUCGCUUGAGAAGGUAGCUACUACACUUGGUAUAAAGAGAGUGAACCUAAGUUAUGAAGACCCAUGCAGUUUAGGAACUCUAAUGAUAACACAACAAGUUGAUUCUGUUUGGAAUCCAGAGGUGAACAACACCAUCGCUUGUGACUGUAGCUUUAACAACAAAACGAUAUGUCAUAUUACAGAAUUAGUUCUCAUGAAUUUUACUCUUGAGGGGAAACUUCCACCUCAGUUGGCCAAGCUUCGAUAUCUCCAGUCAAUCGACUUAUCAGCAAACUACCUUACGGGCACGAUUCCAGUGGAGUGGGCUUCAAUGUCACACCUCGUUCUCAUCUCACUCUCCGGGAAUCGUUUGUCUGGGAAGUUACCAACCUGGUUGCAAAACUUAAAGAACCUGAAGUUCCUAGGGGUUGAAGGAAACCAGUUCUCUGGUCCCAUUCCUCAUGAGCUUGGUAACUUGACCAACCUUGAACGAUUGUAUCUUUCAUCCAAUCAAUUUACAGGAAGCUUGCCUAUCACUCUCGCUAAACUAGUAAACCUGAGGCGGUUUUGGAUAUGUGAUAAUAACUUAAGUGGAACUAUCCCAGCAUAUAUUGGCAACUGGUCUCGGCUUGAAAGGCUAUAUCUAUACGCAAGUGGACUAAAAGGACCUAUUCCUGAUGCAGUGGCCAGCCUUGAAAGUCUUAGUGAUCUGAGAAUUAGUGAUAUGACUGGAAUAAACUCCUUUCCAAUCCUAUCCAGCAAAGUCCUCCAAACCCUAAUUUUGAGGAAUGUGAGUUUGUCUGGUCCCAUUCCUCCUUACAUCUGGAACUUGCCAAACCUAAAGAGACUAGAUUUAUCGUUUAACAAGUUGACUGGUGAAGUGCAACAAAUACAUAAAGCACCGAGAUUUACCUACCUGGCUGGCAACAUGCUUACCGGAAACGUUGAAUCUGCUUUUUUCGUCAACAGUAAACCUAACAUUGAUCUCUCUUAUAACAAUUUCUCAUGGUCAUCGACCUGUCAUGAAAAUAGUAACAUUAACACAUACCGGAGCUCAAACUCGAAAAACAAUUUAACUGGACUUUUUCCAUGCGCUGGUCCAAUCACCUGCAAGAGCUAUCAUAGAUCAUUGCAUAUAAAUUGCGGUGGAGAAAAUGUACAGGUUACAAACUCCUCUCGUAAAAUCACUUAUCAAGCUGAUAACAAAAAGGUCUGGGCGGCAACAAAUCUUCACAUGGAAAGAUGGGGAAUCAGCAACACUGGCGACUUUACCGAUGAUAAAAGUGACGAUGACACGUUUAUCGUUUCAACUAGUUUAAGACUAUCUGGAGGUUCUCCUGGUCAUCUAUAUAAGACCGCACGUCGAUCUGCACUCUCUCUAGUUUAUUAUGCGUUCUGCUUGGAAAAUGGAGCCUACAACGUGAAACUCCAUUUUAUGGAAAUCCAGUUUUCAGACAAAGAGGUAUACAGUCGUAUAGGCAGACGCGUAUUUGAUGUUUAUGUUCAGGGAGAACUGUUCUUGAAGGAUUUUAACAUUAAAGAGGAGGCUAAUGGGACUCUGAAGCCUGUUGUGAAAGAAUUGAAUGCUGUUAAUGUGACUGAUCAUAUGUUAGAGAUUCGGUUGUAUUGGGCUGGUAAAGGGACAACUUUCAUCCCCAACAGAGGAAACUAUGGUCCUCUUAUCUCUGCUAUCUCCUUGUGUCACAGUCAUGAGCCACUAUGCGGAGCGGAGAAAAUAAAACACCACAUUAAUUAUCCCCUAGUUUUGGGGGCAACGGGUGCGUUUGUAACAAGCACACUCUUGGCCUUUGGAAUAUAUGCUUGGAGGAGACGCAGGGAAGACAAGAUUACAAGAGAAAGAGAUCUGAGAUCUCAGAGUCUGCAAACGGUUUGCUAUACUUGGAGGCAGCUGAAGGCUGCAACAAACAAUUUUGACCAAGCCAAUAAACUUGGAGAAGGAGGUUUCGGAGCCGUAUUUAAAGGAGAGCUGUGGGAUGGAACUAUCAUAGCAGUGAAGCAGCUUUCUUCCAAGUCACACCAAGGAAACCGCGAGUUUGUGAAUGAGAUAGGCAUGAUCUCAGGUCUGAAUCAUCCAAACCUUGUCAAGCUUUAUGGAUGUUGUGUUGAAAAGAACCAGUUGUUGCUGGUCUAUGAGUACAUGGAAAACAACUCCCUUGCUCUUGCUCUGCAUGAGAAGAGGUCCCUGAAACUAGAUUGGGUAGCAAGAAGAAAAAUAUGUGUUGGAAUCGCAAAAGGCCUUGAGUUCCUCCAUGAAGGAUCGACGAUCCGGAUGGUUCACCGUGACAUUAAAACCAGUAAUGUGCUUCUAGAUGCCGACCUAAAUGCAAAGAUAUCUGACUUUGGUUUGGCUAGGCUCCAUGAAGAAGAACGCAGUCACAUUAGUACCAAAGUCGCCGGAACCAUGGGAUAUAUGGCUCCUGAAUAUGUACUAUGGGGUCAGUUAACAGAGAAAGUAGACGUGUAUAGCUUUGGGGUUGUGGCAAUGGAGAUUGUUAGUGGACAGAGUAAUACUAAACACAGGGGAAGUGAUGAUCAGGUCUCCCUUAUCAAUUGGGCACUGACGCUGCAACAGAAAGGGGACAUAUUGGAGAUUGUAGAUCCAUUGCUGGAAGGUGAUUUCAACAGCAAAGAAGCCAUGAGGAUGAUCAACGUUGCUCUUGUUUGCACAAACUCAUCUCCUUCAUUGAGGCCAACAAUGUCAGAGGCCGUGCAGAUGCUGGAGGGAGUGAUCGAAAUAAAAGAGGUUAUGCCAGAUCCUGGUUUAUAUGGACACGACUGGAGCAUGUCAAAGCUGAUGCACAUUGAUACACGUGGACGCUCGAGCACCUCCGGUCUGACAGAUCGAACAGAAACAACAAUGAAAUCCUCUGUUUCUGGUUUUAAUCCCUAUCAGUAUCCUUCCUCAUCACUGGAAUGUCCCUAGUGCUCGCUGAAGCAAACAACAAUGAAAUCCUCUGUUUCAUGAAUGCACCAAGUCUCUGUGUCUGCUUGUGAACUGUACAUAGGAAGUACCGAAUCCAUUAUACUAAACCAUUCCAUUAUCUCUCUCUCUCUCUAAACAACUGCUCUUUCUGUGCGCUAGAUUGGGCUGGACAAAAGGGUCACUUGUGAUUUUGGCUUGGCUUCUCACUCUUGGCCAGCUUCUCUUCUUACUCUGUUUUUCUUAUUCUUCUUAACGCGUUCACUCUCUAUUUUGUACUUGUGUAAAAAUGCACAGGUACACACACUCAUAUUCUCUUGACUCUCACGUUUUGUUUAUUCUUGUAGAGAGAAGAGAGAACACUUUGUAUUGUUAACCCUUUUUUCAUUACACUCAAACUUACAAAUACACA